AAGGCAGUUUAUUGAAUAAAUCGGUUGUCGUCGGUCCAAGUCCAGUCCCCCACAUCCGAGUCCAAAAUCCCCUCCUUGCUAACGGACAGCACAGUGUAAAGGCGCGAGUGAUACCCCCAUUCUCCAACCAGUGAGAGAAAGAGAGAUCUAGAGUGCAGUUUACGCCGUAGCUUAUCAAGGAUACAGAUCCCCAAAAGAAAAUUUAACAAAAUGUUCCGCUUUCUCGCCCUGACCACCCUGGUGGCCCUGGCUGCCAGCCAGAACAACUACCACCAGGACCCCAAGACGGCGGCCAUCAUCAGCGAGCAGAGGUACCUGUCCGGCGACGGGAAAUUCGGGGCCGCCUACGAGCAGGAGGACGGCAUCAACUUCAAGGAGGAGACCGAUUCCGAUGGCACCCGCCAUGGCAGCUACAGCUACGUGGAUCCCUCCGGACAGCGUCGCACCAUCUCCUACACGGCAGGCAAGAAUGGCUUCCAGGCCUCCGGCGACCAUCUGCCGCAGGCGCCGCCCGCACCACCGCAGCCCGUGCCCACCGCCGGUUACCAGCCACAGCCGCAGUACCAGCCCCAGCAGCAGCAGCAGCAGUACCAGGCGCCCGCCCCCCAGCACCAGCCGUCCUUCCGCAGCAACGACUACGAUGACGGGUCGUACGAUCCCCGCUAUAACGAUCCCAGCUUCGGCCAGAACCAGCAGACUUAUCAUCAGCCGGCUCCUCAGCCGCAGUACCGCCCCGCCCCGCAGCCCGCCUACAAUCCGGCCCCACAGCAGACGUACCACCAGCCUGCCCCACAGCCGCAGUACCACCAGCCGCAGCAGCAGCCCCAGCAGCAGCCGGCGUAUUACACCACGACCACGCCCAACCCCCAUCGAUUCUCGCCGCCCGGCAAGCUCUCCCUCAACCGCACGCCCGACGGCUUCACCUACUCCUUCAACAAGGUCUAAGGGAUCUUAUAUGGAGAUAUAGAGAUAGUUCUAGAUGUUGCAUCUUCUUCAUUACUCUUUACUCUCUCCUCCCCCCUAACGCCCCAACGCCCCAACGCCCUAAAGCCUUCUUCUGUCACCCCGUUCUUAUUCUUGACUUCAUCAAAACUCUUGUGUGAUAUGUUUAAGAGCAAAUUGUAAACUAUGUAUCGUACUUCCUAUAUGCGUAUGAGCCGCUCUUCGUUUGUUUGUAACUUAUAAUCCUCCUCAGAUCCGAUUCCCAGCUUUUAUGCUAUCAUUUCUUACUCUAAUCGAAGCUGUCUGUCUAAAUGUAGAGCGAAGCAAAUAAACUUGUUGCGGUUCGCAGAUGUUGAAUCGAAAUCCAAAUCAAAAUCAAAA